UCUCUCUCAGCGUGGUUGCCCCAGGCCUAUCAAAUGUCAUCUGGAGCAACAACGUAUCCAUAAAAAUAGUCUAUAGCAAAAACAGUCUGACUGGUAUGAUCAGAUAGCCAGGUUCGUGGGAAAGGACUAGAGUUGACUGCUGUAGUGGGUUUAUAAUUUUAAGUUUUCUCAGUUUGGCUGUUGGCACAAAAACUCUGAACAACUUACGCAUACCAGCGAGGUAAUCCGUGGUUAAGAAGAAAGUUGGAACAGUUGAGCGUCAGUAUUUGAGGAAAAAGACAUGUCCUUUAUAUUUGACUGGAUCUACAGGAGCUUCAGUGGGGUGCUGCAGUUACUAGGUUUAUAUAAGAAGUCUGGGAAGCUGGUGUUCCUUGGUUUGGACAAUGCUGGGAAAACGACGCUGCUUCAUAUGCUUAGAGAUGACCGACUAGGACAACAUGUACCAACACUACAUCCCACAUCAGAAGAGUUAACCAUCGCUGGAAUGACAUUCACAACAUUUGAUCUGGGUGGUCAUACGCAAGCCAGGAGAAUCUGGAAGAACUACCUCCCAGCUAUAAAUGGUAUCGUCUACCUAGUGGACUGUGCAGAUCAUGAGAGACUGCAAGAGGCCAAAAUCGAACUGGAUGCACUCUUAACAGACGAGACCGUCUCUAAUGUGCCUGUACUGAUCCUGGGGAAUAAAAUAGACCGUCCAGAGGCCAUUAGUGAAGAUGCACUCAGAGGACUGUUUGGACUGUAUGGACACACCACUGGGAAGGGGAAUGUGUCACUGAAGGAGCUGAACUUGAGGCCAAUGGAGAUCUUCAUGUGCAGUGUUCUGAAGCGACAGGGAUAUGGAGAUGGUUUCCGCUGGCUCUCCCAGUACAUUGACUGAUCGAUGUCUCCCUUCUUUUUUCACGCUAAAGGGCCAAACCCAACUUUAUUGAGCGGGCUGGAUCAUUUAUUUUCCAUUUGUCCUUUCCAGCAUGGUUCCAGAAACUAUGAUGCCAGUCCAGAACGGCUUGGUUUGGCUCCAUAGUGUUUAAAGGAAAGGUAUUUGUUUAUUCACGGUUUAUCCAUUUUUGUAUGCAUUACGGGACAGUCCUCAAAAAUCUACAUGCUGGAAAAGCUAUCACCCACUAGUGGGCUAUAUUUAUUGACAUUUUUGCAUUUGAGUGUGCUCCCAAUAAGUAAAUAUAUUUCUAUGCAAAAUAUAUUUUUAUUGAUAUACAGCGUUUAUAUUCUUGUUCUUGCCUUUUACCUUAUUUAUUUGGGUUUAAAGCACUGCAAUUAUGCUGGCCAAGUGGUAGUCUGGUACUUUAAACCCUCAUACAAAAUAUAUAACUGUGUACACCAUUUAGUCUGACCAAUAUGUUGACUGUCUUGCCAAAGUCAAGUAUCAAAACCUGAAAUCUCAAUAUAAAUAUUUUGUAGUUUACAUAUUAUUUUUAAUGAUAGUUUACCUCACAAAAUAACUGUAGUUGUUCUGAAUUUCUAUGAUAGCUCUUGAUCACAAUCAAACAGUAUUAUUAUUAAGACAGUAUUAUUACUCAUUCCUGUUAUGAGUAACACACACACGCACACACUUACAUGGUUGGACAUGUGAUUACUUUGACCCAGUCCUUAACCCGUGGUUUAUUUUUAAAGUUGCUGGCGUUGGAUUACAUAGGAGAGGUUAUUGGUGUAGCACUUUUGUGUACGUAUCAUUUCUCCACUGGUGCUUCAAAGCCAAAUUAUCAACAAGGAAUAUAUGACAGUUAUGGCUUAAGAUGUUUUUACCUAAGAAUCUCCAUACCAAAUUACUGAACUACAAACCGAUGCCAUAAAUGUGAUUACAAGUGCAUUACAACUUUUAUUUAGUGUUUUAUCCACAAUAUACAAGUCUAGUAUUUUGUAAUACUAUGGUUUUGGCUACACUGAAGAAUGGUCGCCAUUGAUGUUUGCAGUUUCAUAUGGACUACCAUUUCAAUGCUCAACUAUCUACUAUAUCAGUUUUUUGUUACUGUUAAAUAAGUAUUUGAUGACUAUUGGCUGGUCAAAGCUGAAAUAGGAGAGUACUUAUGUUGUACUGAAGAAUGUGAGUUUUGUAGGGCGCACAGAAUAUCUGAGAUUAUGAAUAGAGAAUGCAUAUAUUUCUUUUUGUAAAUACAGUAUCUCACAAAUGUGAGUACACCCCUCACAUUUUUGCAAAUAUUUGAUUAUAUCUUUUCAUGUGAAA